CUAAAUUCUAAAUAAAUAAUACUAAAUUUGAUAAUACUAGCAACCUAAAACAUGCAAUAAUGUAAAUUUUCAUCAGAGAGUAGAUCGCCGCCUUAUUCUUGGAUGUGAUAACAUCAGACAUGUCUAUUUAAAAAAGGAUCAAAGAAUACGAAAACUAAUACCAUGCUUCUUCAAGUCUGACCCUGAUUCAUGUUUCUCCAGGUGUGGUGAAGGUGUGAUGCACAAUGUGAGAAGCAGAAGGGCAGCAGGAGCACUUUAGCUGUUUGUUACGCCCGUAGGUGUUACACGUCCCAUGAUUCUGAGAGAGAUUCUUAGACAAAAUGAUCCGCUUCUUACUCCUGUUCAGCAAGCAGGGAAAACUGCGGCUGCAGAAGUGGUUCACACCAUUAACAGACCGGGAAAAGAGGAAGGUGAUCCGAGAUAUGAUGAUGAUUGUGUUGGCCCGCGCUCCCCGUUCAUGCAACUUCCUGCAAUGGAGAGACCUUAAGAUUGUCUAUAAGAGGUACGCCAGCCUAUAUUUCUGCUCUGGUCUGGAGGAACAAGAUAAUGAGCUGCUGAGCCUUGAGGUGCUACACAGAUAUGUGGAACUGCUGGAUAACUACUUUGGCAACGUGUGUGAGCUGGAUAUUAUUUUCAAUUUUGAAAAGGCGUAUUACAUCUUGGAUGAAUUCUUGAUGGGAGGAGAAGUGCUAGAAACAUCCAAAGUUUCCGUGGGUUUCGCUCUACAGGAGGCUGAUGCACUCCAAGAGACAAUGGAGGAGUAUAUGAACAAACCUUCCUACUGAACCAGAAUAAGACUGGGAAUGUCUCAAAUCUCAGGACACAAAACAAAAUGCUUCAAUGUGUGCAAUAUUUUGUACCUGAGUCCUGUUGUACAUUUUCUUUCUUUUCAUUUCUCUUUCGUUUUUUCUUAACUAGAUACACGGAUGUCACUUUUCUGAGUAAUAAAGACAAUAAAUUAAUGUAUAUGUACA